CCAAUGCGCGCGCGGCGGCGUUUCCGGCGGGAAGCUGAGGAGGGGACCCGAGUCACCGCCACGGACGCCCCGCGCGGGCCCGCGUCCCGCCAUGAAGUUUCGGGCCAAGAUCGUGGACGCGGCGUGUCUGAACCACUUCACGCGGGUCAGUGCCAUGAUAGCCAAGUUGGCCAAGACGUGCACGCUCCGCAUCAGCCCGCAGAAGCUGAACUUCAUCCUCUCCGACAAAGUGGCCAGCGGGGGCGUGAGCAUGUGGUGUGAGCUGGAGCAGGAGAACUUCUUCAGUGAAUUCCAGAUGGAGGGUGUCUCUGCAGAAAACAACGCCAUCUACCUAGAGCUGACCUCGGAAAAUCUCUCUCGGGCCUUGAAGACGGCCCAGAAUGCCAGAGCCCUGAAGGUCAAGCUGACGAACAAACACUUCCCCUGCCUCACCGUGUCCAUAGAGCUGUUGUCUGUGUCGAGCAGUAGCCGCAUUGUGACACACGACAUCCCCGUUAAGGUUAUUCCUAGAAAAUUGUGGAAGGAUUUGCAAGAACCUACAGUUCCGGACUCCGACGUCAGCGUUUAUCUUCCGGUCUUGAAGACGAUGAAGAGCGUCGUGGAGAAAAUGAGGAACCUCAGCAAUCACCUUAUUAUCGAAGCAAACCUAAGUGGAGACUUGAACUUGAAAAUAGAAACAGAACUAGUGUGUGUUACAACUCACUUUAAAGACCUGGGGAACCCUCCAUUGGCCUCGGAGGACGCCUCCCAGGAUCGAGACCCAGCGCAGAUGGCUGAAGUGCACAUAGACAUCCGGAAGCUCCUGCAGUUCCUUGCUGGGCAGCAAGUGAACCCCACGCGGGCCGUGUGCAACAUUGUCAGCAACAAGCUUGUCCAUUUUGAUUUGCUCCAUGAAGACGUGUCCCUGCAGUACUUCAUCCCGGCCUUCUCCUAGCCCGCCUCCGGCCACGUGCGUCUGCGCGUUACUCUGCCCCACCGUGAUAGUCUAGCUAAAAACUGAGUUUGUGGAAGACAGCUGGAUAAACAUACUUCUUUAUGUGACGUUUUGUUCUCGUGUCUGUUUUGUCGUUAAGACAUGGGAAAUGGGAACAAGAGCACGUAUCUAUGCAGACUUCAGGUAGGGUGGGGCUCCCAGACGCUGCCCGGCUCUGGCUCUGCUCCUUGGAGCCUGAUAACUGGGGCACACAGAGGUCACACAGGGCAGCGGGGGUGUUGAGGGGUGCCCGGCUGCCGCUCGUGGAGCCUGGGGUCCGCGCCCGUGAAGGCCGAGUCCCUGGGCUCAGCUGCUGGUCCGCCAGGGUCCCUGAGGCCCACGGGGGUCCUCAGUGAUGGUCCUCACCAUCCUGUCUUCAUGCGCAGCACUCGGCUGUCUGGAAAACACAUGGUAUUUGGACAAAGAAGAGCUCCGGGGGCUGUGUUCAGGGCUGAGACGACGUCUGGUCUCUGCACGGGCGAGCCGGCCUCCGCCUGACAGGGUCUGCUUUCUCAUCCGCCAGGGCCUGCCCCAUCGCAUCCCGUGGUGGGAGAGUUCCCUCUGCCCUGUGGACGGGAUGUCGUGAGCAGUGUCUUAACUCCCGCGACAGCCAAGCAGUGAGGCCGUGGCCUGGGGUAGAGGAGGAAGGGGGACAUUUGCACAAGUGGAAAACUCUUCUGUGGCCUUUUCUGAGUCUGGGGUGAAAACCAGCAUUUGAGUGCCUCUCUGGAUGCUGAUAUUAUCAGUGGUAGUUCACAUGGGGCCUAAUACUUGGUCACGUAACGUUUUAAAGCCAGCUCGUCAUUUUGCUUUUCAAGCCUCUCUCCUCUCUUUGGCUGCGGCCAGCGGUAAAACUUAGAAACUCCUGAUGUUCGAUGAAGCAAUGUCUGAAAAUAGUUGAUAAAACUUUUCUUGUUGUUGUUAAAGAAAAUGCGUAGUCAGUUACUAGAUGAGGAAAUUGGUUCUUUCUGAUUAUUUAAACGAUGUUUAACAUGUAAUGAA